GGCAUUCAUUCUUUACCUUGCCAUACAAAAACUAAAUACAAAGAGGUUCACAAUAUGCAUAAAAUGAUCCACACAAUCAGGUCGGUUCGAACACAAACACCGGCUUUUGUUUCACCAACUCUGCGUCUGCCUUCCAACUUUGGUUCCAAAGCUACUGUGGUGAGGUUGAGACCGGUUAACACUUUGGCUAAUAACAAGGAAGGUAUUGCACCUAACAUGGACAAAGAAAAGAAACCCAACGAGAAAACUGGAGACGUGAUGUCCCAUUCAUUUGGGGAAGGGUAUGCGACCAGGUCGGAUGAGGAAGGAUUUGGCGGGGUCUAUGGUGGGAACCAAUCCAUUCCUAAGACUGAGGAAGAUCAGCUUAUCCAUGAGAAUCACCCUGCGUACGACAAGACGCAGGGAAGUGAGGUAAAGGAGAAGGAGAAAGCAAGAAACCAGCUUUAACGCAUCAGCAUAAUUCGGAUUCGUACCCGAUUAACUCUGGAAUAUAUAUAUAUAUAUAUAUAUAUAUAUAUAUUUUUUUUGUUUUGGGAAAUCCUUUUGUUUUAUGAGAUUUGACUGUUUUGGAAUAUUUUAUCUAUUGAGGGGUAUUUUAAGCUCUCAGAUGUAUCGACUAUUUCUCAAAGGUUCUUUUGCUUCUCUGAGAAAUUUUUAUUCUAUUGAGCUAAAUUUGAAUAUAACUUAGAAUAUAAUUCAUUAUUGUUA